UCAGUCAUAAGUCACAUAGACGCUCUAACUAACAUGGAUUUGAUCGUGAUUACUCUUCUUCUUCUUCAGCUCUGUUCCAUCCUCACCGCGGCCAUAGCCUACAAACCCACCGAAGUUAUCAGGCUUGACUGUGGCGCAAUUGCUGACUCCAUCUCCCCUGACAAGCGGCCAUGGAUUCCCGACUCCGGAUCCAAAUUCAUGCCUCCUCCAUUAACCUCCUCCUCUGUUUCCAAAGCCGACCAACAAUCUUCCUCAGUCGAACAAAUCCCCUAUUUAUCCGCCCGCAUAUUCCCAUCCCAGUUUACCUACACUUUCCCUCUCUCCUCCGGCCCCAAGUUCCUCCGCCUCUACUUCUACUCAGCCAACUAUUCCGGCCGCGAUAUCACCAAAUCAUUCUUCACCGUCUCCGCCGCCGGUCAUACCCUUCUGGCUAAUUUCAGCGUUUUCCUUUCCUCCCCAGCAAAUUCUCCUUCCUUCGUUAAAGAAUUCGUGGUCCACGUCGAGAAUAGUCAAACCCUCCAGCUCACUUUCACUCCCACAUCCUCCGUCGAUUCCUACGCCUUCAUCAACGGUAUAGAAAUUGUUUCCAUGCCGGAUAACCUGUAUUUCAACUCUCCUAACACCACCCUUGUCGGGGGGCAGAACACGACUACUUUUAUCGUCGAUACCAGCACGGCACUCGAGACUCUUUACCGGAUAAACGUCGGUGGACAAUCAAUCGACGUCCAGAACGACACCGGAAUGUUCCGGAAGUGGGAUAACGAUAUCCAAUAUCAGGGAAAUUUGAUGGGUAAAGAACCUUACUUGAAUUUCACUGUCUUGUACAACAACCGAACUCCGGCUUACACUGCACCAGGGUAUGUCUACACAACCCAGCUAUCCAUGGGGCCCAGCCAGAAUAACUUGCAGUUCAACAUCUCGUGGAUCUUCAGCGUCGAUUCGGGUUUUAGUUAUCUCCUGAGACUCCAUUUUUGCGAAAUUAUAAUCCAAAUAGAUGGAAACAAUCAACGGGUUUUCACUGUAUUUCUUGGCGAUCAGAUUGCGGAUAAAAGUGUGGACGUGUUCAGAAGAGCCGGCGGCAGGGAUAUCCCUAUAUUUAGCGACUAUGUAGUAUCGGUACCCGUGGGGAACGAUGGCAUACCAACAAAACAUUAUCUUUCUCUUUCUCUCUGCCCAAACAUAGAUUCGAGACCCAGAUACAUCGAUACUCUACUUAGCGGCGUAGAAAUCUUGAAAUUGAAUAAAUCGGACGGCAGUCUCGCCGGUCCAAAUCCGGCUGAAGCACUCUCUCCUACAGUUUCAGGAUCCAAUCCACAGGUCCUUGGAAAUCAGAAAAGAAAGGGUCCAUCAUCCUCAUUAUUAGGAGCCAUUGUCGGAGGUGUGGUGGGAGGAAUUGCUGUAAUCGCAAUAAUGGCAUUCUUGAUUUUGAAGAAGAGGAUGAAGACUGGGGAGAAGAAGAUGAAUCCUGGUUUGAUUAUGUUUGGCCGGAAAACAAUACCGACGGUGAAGUUGAAUCUAAAUCUCGGGCUUAGAUUGUCUUUGGAAGAUAUAAAGUCGGCCACCAAUAACUUCAACGAGGAACUGUUAAUCGGAAAGGGAGGUUUCGGAAAAGUGUAUAAAGGAAUGCUUAAGAACGGUACUAUGGUGGCUGUUAAAAGAAGUAGCGAUGAACACGGGCAAGGGAUUUCGGAAUUUCAAAUUGAGAUCCUCAUCUUGUCCAAGAUUCGUCAUCGGAAUCUUGUUUCAUUGAUAGGGUAUUGUGAAGAAGGAUCGGAGAUGAUACUUGUUUACGAAUUCGUAGAGAAUGGAACUCUUAGAGAGCAUCUGUAUGUUUCUGACAAAAUGUCAAAGACUUCAUCGCCUAAGUCCGAGUUAUCUUGGAUUCAAAGGCUAAACAUCUGCAUUGGCGCGGCCAAGGGUCUUCAUUAUCUUCACACGGAGUUAGGGGCUGGAAUUAUUCAUAGGGAUAUAAAGUCGACCAACAUCUUGCUCGAUGAUUCGUUCAAUGCUAAAGUUGCGGAUUUUGGUUUGGCUAGACAAGGCCUUGAUCCUGAUCAGAUUCAUGUCACGACGGUUGUGAAAGGUAGCUUCGGGUACAUGGAUCCCGAAUACUAUAGAUGUCAUCAUCUGACGCGUAAAUCCGAUGUUUACUCUUUCGGGGUGGUUCUUUUAGAAGUGCUUUGUGCGCGAGCAGCUGUUGAUAACUCGGUUCCUUUUGAAGAAAUCAGCCUGGUGACGUGGGGUUUGAGUAUGAUUGAGCAAGGACGCAUAGACGAGAUUGUGGAUAGUUCAAUUGUGGGUGAGGUCAAACCGGUUUCGUUGAGUAAGUUUGUUGAGACUAUUGAGAAGUGUUUGAGAAAGUGUGGCCUAGAUAGGCCUAAUAUGAGGGAUGUCUUGAGGGAGUUAGAAUAUGCUCUUCAACUUCAACAAAUGGAGAAGCCAAUAGAUCCGAUGCAUGAGAACAGCGCAUUAGAUAUAUCUUUGGUCGAUGAAUUAAGUGAUGAAGUUAAGGUAUAUGGAGUAACAUUGGAAACAUGAAAUUGUAAUGUUAGAGAAGACAAUUGUAUCUAUCCAAUGUUUUUUUUAAAUG